CACAGAGAGGAGCAGUCUCUGUCCACUGCCCUCUGGCCUCACCUCCUUGGGGUGAUGACAGGUGGGAUAGGUAUUGUGAGAGGGCGGCAUGGGCCAGCAGGAGCCCAGAGGAAGACAAGGAAAGCUUGCGGAAGAAGCAACCUCUGAACUGACACUUGCAGAUCUUAAGUUCAACAAGCAGCAUUGGGGAGGAAUGUUCUCGGUGGAGGGAGCAACAUAUGCGACGCUAAAGCGUGUGAGAGCUGGGACCCACAGAAUGGGAGCGAGACCCUGGCUCCAGAGAGGAGGUGGCCAGGCCCUGUAAGGUCCCCCAGCCUCCUCUGUGACGCCCCCGAGGAGCUGCCCCACCCCCAGUCUCUGGAGUGGAAAGGGGGCGAUGCUGGAGCCGCCUAGGGCGACGGGAAGACAAGCCCGCCACGCGCCAAUCGGUGCUGGCUCGAGCGGGUCAAGGUCAGCCCGGGGCCGCAGCGUUGUCCGCAGCAACCAACAACUCGGGGUCGCCUGGGCAACUGCCGCCCGGGCAACUGCCGCCCGGGAGGCUCUCUAUUGGCUGCAGCGGGCGCCUGUUCGCCAUGCAUCGCAUCCGAUAGGCCGAUGCACCGGAGGGUCCGCCCACAUCCCCUGGCCGCGCUCCCGAUGCAGCCCUCGCAGUCCCGGCCUCGGUGUCCGCGAGUGCAGAGUGGAAGUAACCCUGAGGGGUCCCUGCGAGGGGCCUGGAGAGAAAGAAGAGCUGGAGGAAGGGGCGGCGGCGGCCGCUGGGCGUCCUGCAGGGGUCCCGGAGGCCCAGAAGGGUUCGGACGCGGAUUCGAACUCCGACCAGGAGAAAGAAGGCACCCAUAAGCUUGGAGAACUGGGCAAGGACACCCUCUACCUGAGGUCUUGCUGGGCCCACAGCGUCGUGCCUGCUUCCUGCUUUCUGCGCCAAGGGAGCACCCCAGAGCUCAACCUGCAGCACUGUGGCCUGGGGCCCCAGGCUGCCCAGGCUCUGGCUUCUGUGUUGACCUCCAAUCCCUACAUCAAGCGGCUGGAACUUCAGGACAGUGGGCUCUGUGGGGCCGGCACAGAGGCCCUGGCAGGUGCUCUGCGCAAAAGCAGUAUCUGUGAUGUGGACCUGUCGGAGAACCAGCUGGGAGCGGUGGGAUCCUGGGCUGUCUGUGCCGCCCUGGCGGUGAACCCGGCUGUGCAGAAGGCACAGCUGGCAGGGAAUGGCCUGGAGGAGCAGGUGGCCCAGUACCUUGCUGAACUCCUGCUGGCCCACACAGGCCUGAAACCCCUGGACCUGAGCUAUAACCAGCUGAAUGACCAAGCAGGGGAGAUGCUUGGACCAGCCCUGGCAGAAAAAGGACUCACUGAGCUUAACAUAAGCUGGAAUCACCUGCGAGGCCCAGGAACUGUAGCCUUCGCCAGGGGACUAGAGGCAAACAUCUUCCCGAAGGUCUUGGACAUCUUGUAUAAUGGCUGUGGGGAUCCGGGAGCCUCCGUGCUGGGGGGGCUCAAGACCAACAACAUGUUGGAGGAGGUCUACAUGAGCAACAACCGCAUCUCUGCAGUGGGAGCCCUGAGCCUGGGCCUGCAGGUCAACCAGACACUGAGGAUUCCUGCUGUGUCCAGGAAUCCCAUGCGAAGUGAAGGCUGCUUUGGUGUUCUCAGGUCUGUCCAGGCUAAUCCACUGUCUGCCCUAGAGCUGCUGGAUUUUUCUGAUAUCCAUGUGAACAGAGAGUUUGAUGACCUCACCAGCUCAGUGAAGGUCAUUCUUCCAGGGCUUUACAUAACUGCCCACAGAGUGGAGUACAAAAAAGAAUUCCUGCCCGUCUUCAGACCGUCUCAAUGACUAUGUUGUAUGGUUUCUUCAUCUCUCCCAUUGGCCACUUCAACUUUGAGAUGCCUUUCAACACAUGAGUCUGCACCAAGUCCCCAGGUCAACUGGGUGGCAAGUCCUACAGAGCCGGCCUUCAUAGUGACUCAGACACUGGUACUAAUCGGGGCCUUCCUUUGCUCUCACUCAUUCGUGUAACACGAACUUGUAUUAUAUGUUGCACACUGAGCUGGGCAUGGGGUCAAAGAUGCCCAAACAAGACCCUGCCCUGGAGACCUUUGGACACAAUUAAAAUAUAAGGUGGUCUGCAACUGGCAUUCUCAAAGUCAACUUGGGAGAAGGCAAAUGGACACAGCUUUUUUGGAAGGCAAUUCAUCAUCAUGCACCAAGAGCCUUAAAAUUGCCUGUCCUGCGAUCCAAAGUUCUGACUAAUCUGCUCCACAGAAAUCACCAGAGAUGCAUGGAAAACCGUAUGCCCAAAGAUGCACAUGCAAAUGCUGUUUAUGAUAUGAAAAUUGAAAAUAAUCUAAAUGCCCAAUAACAGGGGAUUGGUUUACUACAAUUUGGAAUUCUGUAAACAUUAAAAGUCAAGUGUUUGAAGAACA